UCAGCUUCUCCACCUCCUCAGGCUUUCGCUUUGUUACUGUGGCCUUCUACGUCUUUGCUCUUACUUCUAGGACAUAAAUCUCAUAGUGUAAAACCCAUAUUGCGCAAGAUGGUCUGUAAGAAAUGUGAGAAGAAACUCUCGAAGUUGGCCGCACCAGAUCCCUUUACUUCUACCACUUCUGCUAUCAAAGAUGGGUCUCGUAAGAUUGGAGAGAAUAAGCUGAUUGGUAGGCCAAAGGCCGGGCCAAGCUCUGCCGGUGGUUCGUCGAGCUCGAAGAACAGAUACUCGCCUUACUCAUCCAAGUGUAAGGACUGCAAGUCGCCGGUGACACAGAACAGGGCGAAAUACUGCCAUGGAUGUGCCUUCAAGAAAGGGUUGUGUUCUAUGUGCGGGAAACAGAUCCUUGACACGACAGGAUACGCGAUGUCUAGUAAGUAGACAUGCGGAAUCUGUUGCACACGCGUGAGGAGGUGGGCGAUCGGCUAUGGACUUUUGUUCUGUUUACUGGGCAUGUAUUCAUAUGUAUUCUAUAUCCCUAAUUCAC